AUGCGAGAACACCACGCCGUGCUCGAUUUUCAAAAUAAUUUGCUACAAUACGACAAUGUGCGCGUCCCUUUUGCUAAAACAGAGAUCGUGGAAGUAAAACCACGUUCCGUCACCCCCGCGCACGUUAACGUCUCUAAUCCCGAAAACCAAACGGGAUACGUCUCUUUACUACCGACGGAGUCCGGAAUAUACUUCGGUAACGCGUUAGUAACUAAUUCUCAUGGCAAAGCAUAUUUGCCUGUUUUUAAUACUACCGAACAGCUUUAUGAAUUGGAAGUCCCUACCGUUCCCCUGCUGGAUUACGACACCUUUGAUUCCGAGGAUAUCAGAGAGUCCGAUCCAUCCGCGACAGUCCAAGGACACGCAGCUACCCCUACCCCCUCUUCAAGUGUUUUCACACCUUCUACUCAACCCCUUAACGCUCUUAUUGCCGAUUCUGAGAAAUCGGAUUCUCAUAUGUUACCCCUUGUUCCGUUAAGUUCUCCGUACCUAGGUCGCGAAGAAUCCAUACAAGAGGUUCAACAUUCUUCUUAUUUUUCAAAUUCCAGUAAUACUCCCCUUUAUACCAGCGACCGCGCUGAUUCUAUUUUACAAUUAUUAAGAAUCAAUCAUCUUAACUCCGAGGAGAAAGAUGAGUUGAUUUCAUUAAUUCAUAAAAAUUCUGAUAGGUUUCAAUUACCUUCUGACCCUUUCGAGUGUACAAAUGCCACACAACAUUCCAUUCCUACUAUUAAUGAACUACCCAUCCAUACCAAACAAUAUCGUUUCCCUCCAAUUCAUAAGGACGAAAUUAAUAAGCAGGUAGACGGGUUACUAAAAAAUAAUAUCGUAGAAUAUUCUUCCUCUCCGUACAAUUCACCCGUUUGGAUUGUACCCAAAAAGCCAGAUUCUGCCGGUAAUAAGCGUUGGAGAAUGGUAAUCGAUUACAGACUUUUAAAUGAAAAAACUAUUGGCGACGCGUACCCGCUCCCCAAUAUCACGGAUAUUCUCGAUCAAUUAGGAAACGCAAAAUACUUCUCCGUCUUAGACUUAGCUUCCGGGUUUCAUCAGAUACCUAUUAAUCCGCAAGACGCGCCUAAAACCGCCUUUUCAACUCCAUACGGUCAUUAUCAAUUCCGGAGAAUGCCCUUCGGAUUGAAAAAUGCACCAGCGACGUUCCAAAGAUUAAUGGACAACGUGCUAACGGGCCUACAGGGCAAUGAGCUCUUUGUUUACAUGGAUGACAUAGUGAUAUAUGCCCGAUCUUUGCAGGAACAUGCUGUAAAGCUUAAUAAAUUGAUGACGCGCUUGAGAAACGCGAAUCUAAAGCUCCAACCGGACAAAUGUGAGUUUUUGCGCAAAGAAGUCGCGUACCUCGGCCAUAUUAUAGGUGCCGACGGUGUUAGACCGGACCCCGGGAAAAUCAAGUCCAUUCAAUUGUUCCCGCAACCGCGCAAUCAAAAGAACAUAAAACAAUUUCUGGGACUUGUGGGGUACUAUCGUCGAUUCAUACCCCAAUUUUCUAAGAUAGCAAAACCUCUAAGCGAUCUUUUGAAAAAGGAUACGCCCUUUAAUUUCCAACAAAAGCACAUAGAAGCUUUCGAUACUUUAAGAAACUGUCUGUGUACAGAACCCAUCUUACAAUACCCCGAUUUUAAUCAACCCUUUGUUCUAACCACCGAUGCCUCAGGAUACGCCAUCGGCGGUAUACUCAGCCAAGGCAAGAUCGGAAAAGACUUGCCCAUUGCCUACGUUUCUAGAGUUUUAAAUAAAGCCGAACAGAAUUAUUCGGUAAUAGAAAAAGAAUGCUUAGCUAUCGUAUAUUGUACCAACCACUUUCGGCCAUACCUUUAUGGACAGAAAUUUACUAUAGUCACGGAUCACAAGCCAUUGAUAUGGCUGUAUUCAAUCAAAGACCCGUCCUCGCGGCUGUGGAAAUGGCGCGCGAAAUUAGUCGAAUACAAUUACGAGUUUUAUUAUAAGAAGGGCACUUCAAAUACUAACGCGGAUGCUCUAUCCAGAAACCCGCCCGAUGCAAUCGCCCUGCCAAUGACUGCACAGCCCAUUAUCACCGAACCCAACGAUGAUUCUAACGAAUCAAUAUUUUCUGCAAAUCCUAUACCCGUUUCCGUUUCACCAACUCCUGUUCCUAUACCGGAUCCAGAAAUUCCACCGGAUCCUGACCCCCUCUUUGAAAUCGAAAAUUCUAGUCAAUCCGGAGAUAGCGAUUCGGAAAUUCCAAGUGAUUCAGACGAGGAAAAUGAUGAUAACGAACAAAUGAUGUUCCAAUCUGAUUCCAUACCAGCUAUCCAAAAAAUUAACGAAACUAAGCUCAAUAUCGCAUUCAGUCGUGAUGGAUUAACAACUCAAAAGGAUAAUUUAGUGAUCUUUAUCACAUCCACGGGAGAACCUUUUGAUCGUGGCGCUAAGGAGUUACAAAAGAAUGAUAUGCUUCCUAAAUAUACAGACAUUACUUUUGAGCGUGCCAAAGUUACUUCUAUCGGCUCAAAGUUUUUGAUCGCGCUUCCUGUAAAAUUGAACAAGCGAAUUUUAAUUGAAACUGGUAACAUCAAAAAUUGUCUAGAAUCUCUGGUCGAUGUAAUCACUGAAUUUGAUUUACCAUCAUUUAGCAUCAACACCACCAGUUACCUUGAUGAAAUCCCAUGGGACUAUUUCCAAAAACAGCUUAGUAAAUAUUUCCGAGAAUUCCCUAUCAAAAUCACCAUUUGCCAAAAUCUAAUUACCGCACCAGAAAUCCCGGAGCGAUUACCUCUCAUAACCGAGUAUCACGCGUCUGCUAUCGGUGGCCAUAAAGGGAUUACCAAAACCUAUAACAGACUGCGUACCCAUUAUUAUUGGAACUCUAUGAAAUUAGACAUCCAAAAGUACAUUCAAAACUGUAAAGAGUGUCAAUUAAAGAAACUAACUCGGGUUAAGACGAAACAACCUAUGAUAAUAACUGAUACUCCCGGGUCUGCUUUUGAUAAAAUAGCCUUAGACAUUAUGGGCCCUUUACCCGAAUCUGACAAUGGAAAUAAUUAUAUCUUGACACUGCAAGAUCUACUUACUAAAUAUUCUGUGGCUGUUCCCCUCAAAGAAGCCACCUCGUUAACCAUAGCCGAUGCUUUUACGAAGCAUUUUAUCUGUAUCUACGGAGCCCCUAAGGCCAUACUUACAGACCAGGGCAGUAACUUUCUCACAUCACUCAUGAAAAAUUUGGCCAAGAAAUUCAAAAUAACUCAUUUCAAGACCACCGCGUACCAUCCGCAAUCUAACGGUUCAAUCGAGAGAUCCCACCAUGUCCUGACAGAAUACCUUAAGACGCAAAUUAAUAAGGACUCUAAUUGGGAUGAUUACGUAUCACUCGCCAUGUUUUCAUACAACACCAGCGUACACGAAGGCACUAAAUACUCCCCUUACCAGUUAGUCUUCGGGCGCGUCCCGAGAACACCAUCCUCGUACACGUCCGCCGAGGACGAACCUAAUGUUACUUAUCAGCAAUACCUCACUGAUUUGUUUAACCGACUACGCGACACGCAAGAAGACGCGCGUCGAAACCUUAUUCGGUCUAAAGAACGCACUAAAAACUAUUAUGACAAGCGAGUUCAUCAAAAGACCUUUAAACAAGGCGACAACGUGUUCCUAUUAAAGGAACCUAGAAAAGGAAAGUUCGGAAACCAGUAUUCGGGACCGUACAAGGUCUUAGAAGUCCUCACUUCCAAUAACAUACGAAUUCUAUUCCGCAAUAAGCCUCGCGUAGUGCAUGCCGAUAAACUGAAACUAACCUCUCGUGAUCCCACUACACUGCACGAAAACCUGAGCCAUGAUGGCAGCCGAACCACCGAGUUCCUGCCUACUGCUAUGCUGAGCCCGACUCUGCACGAAAACCUGAGCCAACCCGUCCAGCCGAUGCUCCGAGAUCACAUACCCGCCGGAAGUUCUUCCACGUCACUACAUCUGCCCGAGAGAGACUCAUCACCGCACAAUCCCCACAUAACCCAUUCAUCGAUAGAAUAA